CAGCUGAGCCGUCGCGAGACGAUGAUCAUGUGAUGAGAUUGCGCUCCGCCCGGUGUGGAGGAAGUGUUGCUGGGGUUCACUGAGCUGGGGAAGCUGCAAAAUGGGGGAGCAAUGUAACAGCGUUGAUAAUGAGCCGAAGGUGAAUUAUUUCUCCAUGGAAGAAAUAAAACUUCAUAACAAAAGCAAAUCUACGUGGUUGGUAAUACACGACAAAGUGUACGAUGUUUCCAAAUUUCUGGAGGAGCAUCCUGGUGGAGAGGAGGUGCUCUUUGAACAAGCUGGAGGAGAUGCUACAGAAAGCUUUGAAGAUGUGGGACAUUCAUCUGAUGCCAGAGAGAUGCUGAAGCAAUAUUUCAUUGGAGAACUUGAUUUGGCUGAUCGAAAAGAAAAUUCUAAGGAUGUGUUAAUUACGACAUCUUCAAGCCAAUCUAGCUGGUGGACAAAUUGGCUUAUUCCUGUUUUUGCAGCCGGUGUCGUAGGACUCAUGUACCGCUUCUACCUUUCGGAGACCAGGACUUCAUCCUGAAGAUUCCCAUUUUAAAUUAACUAUGCUGUGGGUGGGAUGAAGUGUUGGUGGACCAGAAACCAGCUGACUGGUGCUGGUAACACCCAUGUGUUUAAGAUUUUAUCAAUAAUUGGAUGUUAUUUAAUUUCAGUGCAAGACCUGUAUGAAUUUUUUUUCUCUAUUCUAUGCAUCAAUUAGUGAAGUAAAUGCAAUCCCAGAGUUUUAUAUAGACCAUACAAGCAAUUGAAUAAUAAGCAACUUUUUGAGCCCUAUUUCAGACUUGUCAGGGAAAUUAUCCCACUUUUUAGUAAAGUACAUCAGAUAUUGAAGAACUCAGUUACACUGAUGCUGCAAAUAUCCACCCAUGUUGAGCUCCUGAUAAAUGUUACCAUUAUGCACAAAAAUGAAUAAUUAUUGCAGUUUUUACACAAAUUAAAUUUUCUUCUUUCCCUUUUCAAAAAUACUUUUCCUUGAACUGUCCAUCACUUUUUGUAUGUACAUUUUUAAAGAUAAAAGGCUUGUGGCAUAUGUUAUUAAUCCUUGGAUUUCACAAAACACUAAUUAUCUGGAGCUGAUAAUGUAACAUGAAAUGCAGCUAAAAAUUUCACAGCUGGUAUGUUUUUUCUAAUCCUUCUCACCUUGAGGGUGACAAAUUCAAGAUAAGUACAAUUUCAUGGAUUAUAGCAUUCUGAUAAACCUCAAACAUGCAUUCCUGUCGGCAGGAUAUGGAUCAAACAGACACAGGCGAUAUUAAGAUUCAGGCACAGCAUCUAUUCUGCACCUGCCAACAGAAACUGUUGACUUGUGACCGGGUUGGCUGGAGUGGGAUUGUUUCUAUUUCUUUGAUUUAUCUCCCUAGCUCAAUAAUAGUUGUGGUCUUACUACUUCCUGUCUGAUUAUGCAGCUUUACAAAGAUGGCUGAUCUACUUACUCAUUGAGCUGUAAGGGUAACAUAACUAUAUUGGUUGUCUUUGAUUUUUAUUUGGUAUACUGUGUCACAAAGUAGAAAUGAUUUUGCCUACUAUUUCUGAAAUUUUCUUAUUCCUUAUGGGAAAGUUGAGUUAAGGCCAAGCACAAAAAAUCCUAAAUUGCAUCUCAUAAUGCCUAAUCUGGUCUCUGUUCCCUUGCCCUUCUACUUAUUGGAAUUAAAUUGGUUCCCUGAUGACCAGUCUUGUACCUAAGCUCUAGAAAUACUGACAUUAAUUAAUGCUGAUGAUUAUUUUUGCAUGUUGUUUCAGAUUUUCUUUUGAUCUUAAAUGUGAUUAAGUUGUUCUCCUUGUGUGAAGCUUAUUGCUAUGCAUGCAAUUUGUAUCUAUCUGCAGUGCCUACAGAAGUUUGAUUUGUACAUUCAGACUAUAUUUAUAACUGGUGAUCUUUGCAUCAAUUUUCAAUGAUGUCUCAAAAAUGACAUUUCACAAAAAAUAUUGGCUAGCUCCUCCAUUACCAGUGCAAAUCUUUUUUGUUAUCACCAUGAUGUAGUGUACGUGGUAGUAAUUUAGUCCAGUUUAUCUAAAUUCUUCAUCUGAUGAGCUAACAAAUAUAAAGCUUUCUACAGUUAUUCUGGAAGGCAUUUCACUUGUUCUUUAAUUUAUUGUAAUAGCUGCUAAUAAUGUAAUCUUGAAUUGUAAAUUUUAUUUAAUGUCAAAAGAUCCAGCUGUGAUGUUUUCAGUCUAUGCCAUAUAAUUAUGCAACAUAAUCUAUGCCUUGUAUGUGUUGAUAAAUGCUUUGUUUGGGAUGAGUGCAUACAACAUUUGUUGAUCACAAAAUCGUUAUCGUAAUGUUUUUAUUCCUGACAACCAGACACAGAAUUCAUUUUCAUUUGUUCACUGUGAGUAAUAUCUGUACCAAUGAGCAAGUACUCAUCUAUUAAAAUAAAUUUCCUUUCUAAA